UUUGUUCUGUCUUCUACAGGUUACAGAGAGACAGCCUUCGCCCAUGCAAUUAGUGCUGCCGGUGUAACGCAUCAAGUCUCCACAGCCUGCAGUCUGGGUAAGCUUCGGUCAUGCGGUUGUGACAUGACAUCACACGGUCCAGCUCUCAGCUGGGAAUGGGGUGGCUGUAGUCACAACAUCGAAUUCGGUGACCACUUCGCCCGAAAGUUCCUCGAUGCUAAAGACACGGCGAAAGAUAUCCAAGCACAGAUCAACCUACACAACCAUAGAGCUGGACGACUGGCUGUAAUCAACAAUGUUGGAAGAACGUGUAAAUGUCAUGGAAUGUCUGGAAGUUGUGAAAUGAAGACAUGUUGGAAAUCGACAGCUGACUUUCGCGAAGUCGGAACAGUUCUAAAAGAGAAAUUCAAAGCAGCGAGAAAGGUCAUACUUCACAACACAGUCGCCAAUUCGCUAGUAACACGUGACCGCCACCGACGACGACGACGACGUCCGAAGAAACCCGUUUCUACGACUACAGCCAUGUUACAAAAACACAGCCGAAUGGAAACGUUAAAGAUAGAUCUUAAGACAAAGCACAACAGACAAGCCCAUAAGGGCAGAAAGAAAAGAAAGAGGAAGCGCCUUCGGGGCCGAUAUCCACGUCAAACUGAUCUGGUUUACUAUGAAAAGUCACCUAGUUUUUGUGACCCAGAUCCUGAAAUCGAUUCACUUGGUACCACGGGCCGUUUUUGUAAUCGAACUGGUUCCGAUGUGGACAACUGUAAUACUUUGUGUUGCGGUCGUGGAUACAACACUCUCAGGGUUCGACGCACCGAAAGAUGUAACUGCAAAUUCUAUUGGUGCUGUUAUGUCUUAUGUGACGAGUGUGUUUUCGAUGAAUGGGUGACUGUCUGCAAAUGAUCGCCCCCUUAAAAAAGGAGUCAGUGAAACAUUAAUACGACAAGAGUUUGAAGUAUCUUGCUCAGGGACGCAACUGCAUGAUAUCACAAGCAGCAACAACAGCCACAAGAGCAGCAGCAGCAACUACAACGACAACAACGAAGACGACAGCAAUAGCAACAGCAACAUCAGAUAUACGAAACUGCGAUGCAGCAGUCAUAAAUCGAAAUUUUCAUUGGACCAUUGCAUUUUUUCACUCCAUGUAAAUACAAUAACAUUGACAAGAAACUAAACCUGCACUAGCUACAACAAUUUUGGACUUUGUAACUUGAGUAUUAUUAGUCACUUUUGGCUGAUUAUAUUUAGGCAGGAUGAGCUAACAACAAAAGCAGUCUGUUUCGAAGAAAUCCUUGUUACUAUAUAAACGAAUAUUUCGUCUCCUUGUUUUUUGGUGAAACUUAUCUGUCACUUUCCUUAUUUAUUUUACACGAAAUCUACAUUUAUUCAGUUCGUUUCUUUCUAAUAAGCCGUAGUAUUUCUAUCACCGAUGCUCCAUUGAUCCUUGUUCUCACAAAAAAUUGUGGUUUUAAAAAAAUUACCAAAACACUACAAACGGGAAUUUAUAACUAAAGUCGAUCACGAUGCGAACAUCAAAUUUCCUCGCUUUAAUUUUACUCGUGUAUGGAAUAUAUACAAGCCCAAUCGUGAAACAGCUGGUAAGAAGCGCCCAAACAAAUAAUGAACGAAAUUCAAUAACAACAACGAUAACAAGAGAAUAUCCUGUUGCGAUAACGGAGACAACGACAUAUAAGAAUACGAAAAUAAGUCUCCGGAAUGACACAACCAUUUCAGGUGAAGAAAUCACUUCGAAAGUAACUACACACACAGCAUUAGCAAAGGCAUCUGGGACGACAUCAGCAUCAACAACAACGAGACCAACAACAAGAACAGCAACAACAACACCAAGAACAAUAACAAAAAUAGCAACAAAAAUAGUAACACCAGCAACUUCAAAAAUAGCAACACCAACAGCAACAAAAAUAGCAAUACCACCAGCAGAAACAGGAACGCCAACAACAAAAAUAACAACUCUAACAACAACAACAACAACAACAACAAUAGCAACACCAAAAACAACAACAGUAGCAACGCCAACCCCAACAAAAAUAACAACACCAACGACAAAAAUAGC